UAUUGACCUCGUGUUUCUAGCGUGCCUGUAUUGCAUUUCCCACCAAACUGGAGGCAGGCCAGUGAAACGAGAGGUUUAACAUGUUGUUUUUGAAUAAGUUCAUUUUAUAUUUUCUUAAGUCUAACAGGCCUUGAUGCGUUCUUUUACGCAUGAAAAUCGAAUUUUGCGGUGGAUCCUGGUUGUUGUGACGCUGUUGACAGUCAUUCAAGUUCCAGAACUGCUGGGGGAGACUUUAUUAAAUGGAGCAAGACUGGGCACGUUUCCAAAACCGGACUUUCGAACUAAUUUCACCCUUAAGUCAAACCAGGGCUCUGGCUCAUACAAGGAGAUUCAUCAUGGGCUAAAUUCGGAUCCAUUUUAUGUGCGAGUCUAUGCGAAGCCUACUGGCGGAAACAACAGUGGUUUUUGCUUCAAUGGAAUAGGCUCCAGUCAGUCUUCUCCGUCAAAAAGCUCCUUUGGAGGCUUAAUAUUUGCUUACAACUCAGAGUUUGUUCGCAUAUGGGCUCCUUCAGAUCUUAAAGGCCAUGUGGUGUUUGUGAAAGACGGAUGGGGGGGUGAAGUAAACACACAAGAGUCGAAUGAAGCCGAAGUUGUUGUCGAAGUAUGGAAGGAUGGACCUGCGCCUACGUUUCAAAUUGAGCACAUUAUUGACACACGGAGGAAAGAACCAAAUGAUGCGUACCUACUAAUAGAUCAUGAACUGAGACAAUUACCUGAAAGAGUUGUUGUUAGAAUGUUGCCCCUUGAGACAACUGAUGCUGAAAGCAACCCUAAUAAAGGAUUUUGGUUUCAUGGAAUCGCUUCAUCCCAAAAUCCUGAUCCAACUAAUAACUUUGGCGGGGUGAUAUUCGCUUAUAACGAAAGAUGGGUGCGUUUAUGGGCUCCUGAUGGAUUUAACCAAACCACAGGAUGCAUUUUUGUAGGUGAGGAAUGGGCAGGGCAAUUCAACACACAGAAAGUUAAAAGGUGUAAAGUGGAGAUAUUGCUAUGGGCAAAUCAGCUUCCUGUGCCAACUUUUCAGUCAGACUGGUUUGGUUUUAGAGGUCAAAGAGAUCAACAUUCAUUUGCAGAAAUUUAUCAUGGCUUAAAUUUAUUACCAUCCCUUGCCAUUGUGCAAAUUAAGGCAUUGAACGAUAUGAAUAUUGGCUAUGUAUUUGAGGCGCAAGGUGCAACACAGUCGGAUGACGAUAGUUUUAAUGAAUAUGGUGGAGUUGUUUUUGCAUAUGACAAGAAUACGAUCCGAAUCUGGGCACCAAGCAAACAUGAUGGGUCAAAGAAAGGCUAUCCCAUUCUAGUGAAAAACAGUUGGGGAUAUGGUUCCAAUCCUCAGAAAGGUGGAUUUGUCAAUGUUGAAAUCAGAGUUGUCUUGUAUGCCACCAAAUGCAACAGUUCAACUCAAGUACUAUAUGAGGGUGACCAUUGUAUUACAGCACUAUAUAACUCUUACAAGAUCCUAUCAUCCUGGUCCAAGUGCUCUAGUAUUUGUAAUAAUGGAACACAGAAGAGAUUGUUGACAGGUUGCCAGGUGGCUGUUAGAAAACCUGUUUUAUCUGCAUCUUGUGACUUUGAGGAUGGAAUGUGUGGUUGGACUUCAGCAAGUGCCAAUGGUGCCCCCCUGAAAUGGGUUAGAACUAAUACCUCUACCCCUGCUUCAAAUACAGGACCAUUGUGGGGUCAUCCUAAAGGCUCUUUCUAUAUAUACACCAAUACUACAAAUGCUGCAGUGUCUCAGCAAGCUUCCUUAACAAGUCCAAAUAUUGGUGGUGCUGGCAAUUGUUACUUUCGAUUCUUCUGGAACAUGUAUGGAAGUGAUGUAGGCAUGCUUGCUGUUCAUGUUAAUACCAAAGAUCCUCUUGUGACGAGUUAUCCUAAAUGGUCAGAGCCACGUGCUUCUACACUCACAGAAUACACUUUAGUCACAUUAAACAUACACUUGCUGCCUCAAUAA